AUGCUCGGCGAUCCCAAGGUCCGCGCUCGAUGUCUCAGAGCGCUGACCCUCCUUCCCCGGCCCCAUCGACCAGCCGCCGUGCCUAUCUUCGACCACCUUGCAGAAGUCAUUCGACACGCGACCGGUUUGCGUAGGAUAGUCUUGGAUUAUGCGGACGAUAGCUUCCUCGACAGUUGUCCCACACUCGCGGAUGCACUCGCUGACGUGGAGUCGCUCGAGACCAUUCGCUUCGACUUCGUGUCUACAAGAGGGGUGGCGUUACUUUCGCGUAUGAAAAGCCAACCGCGAUCAGUCCAAUGCUCAGUCAAUGUCUUCAGGCUGCCAUCGCAAGGCCCGACACGAUUCCUGCAUAACUUCGUUCAGAGCCUGACUUUCUUGGAGCUCUAUGACGCACUCGAUAUUCUAGCGGUGGACACAGAAUCCCAUGCCGUAUGGCCCCGGGUUCGCAAACUCGUCUUGCAGGACGAGAAAAUCAGGCGUGAACAUUGGCAGUUCAUAUGCCGUGCGUUCCCCAACCUUCGUACACUGCGCAUGGGUGGGAUGUUGCUCGACACUGCGGGCACCUGUGCCGAAUGGUCAGAGAUGGAUCUCGUUCAGACGAGGAGUCCACUCCCGUUGCGGUGCCACGUACGCUGCGUCGAACUCAAUAUCAGCCUGGAUAAGCAAUUUCUGUCCCCGCACAACGUCGCCGACUAUCUCGAGAUGCUCGGGCAUAGCUCGCCCGUUGCGUUGACCUGCCACCUCAAUGACCGCAUACUGGACUAUCUGCCUGUGCGACUGCCUCGUCUGCGAUUUCUCCACUUGGCGACACACGAUUUGGAGCUACCGACCGAGUUGGGCGGUGUUGCCAGAUGGGUAGAUGCCACACUGCUGCGUCUUGCGUCUUGCCUUGCCCAAACACAGGUCCGCACCGUCAUCGUUGAUCUUCCCCAUAAAUGUACCAACAGGCGGGCCGAGCUCCGUUCGCACGCCGAGAACAUCGCGACGCACGCUCGGUUUGGCAUGUCCUUCACAAACCUCUAUCAACCGCCCCAGCCUCCGCCUGCUCCCACAGAGUCAGAGCUGUACGGCGCAGAUCCGUACGACAUCAACUAUGUCUUCCCCCUCGACCUCCAACUCCUCCAGAAUGAUCGCGUGCGCCUAACUCCGUUCGUCCCCCGAGCGCACGGUGCCCUUUUAUGGGACGCCGUCGGGCCCACCUUCCCUGACCUGUUCCGCUACUACCCCAUCUUGUUCACCACUCUCGAACAGAACCUCGCGUUCUUCGAGCGAGCGUACCGCUCGAACCCCGAAUGCGUCCUGUUUGCGAUACUGGACAAGGCCACGCCCGACGACUCGCAUCCCGAACUCGGCGGGGGCAGCUUCGCCGGCCUCAUCGGCCUCAUCCGCACGUCGAGGGCCCAACUCACCACCGAGAUCGGGUACGCGGUCAUUUUCCCCGAGUUCCAGCGCAAGAAGAUCGCAUCGAACGCAACGGCGAUCCUCCUCAAGUACUGCCUAGAGCUCCCGACUGCGUCCCCUCCGGGCCUUGGCUUGCGACGUGUCCAGUGGGGUGCGCAUUCGGACAACGUAGCCUCUAUUCGGGUCGCGACAAAGCUUGGGUUCAAGAUGGAGGGGACGCAUCGCUGGGCUUACAUUAGAAAGGAUAGGAUGGGUCACACGCCGCGCAAGGGCGAUCCGUGUCCCGGACAAGGCGGAUUCGACAUUGCCAUCCUGUCGAUGUGUUGCGAUGAUUGGGAGGCGGGAGGAAGGGAACUAACACAAAUGUGUAUUGACGAACACCGUAUAUAG